GGUUGCACAAACUACCAGAAUCCUCUUCCUAUACUUGUCUCAUAUUACUACACAAAACCGGAAUCCUCUGGACUUGUCCCAUAUUCCUACUAAAAACUGGAAUCCUCUGGGCUUGUGCCAUACGACACUUAAAACACAGCUAAAUGUUUAUUAUUUAUCCACCAAAAGUAUUAACUAUCGGGUUUAUGAGAGCAGAGUAGAGAGAAAACGGGUUGCGCCAUGAGGCUGUCGCCUUUGCCGAUCACCACCAAAGCCAGAUUACCGAAUUUCUGCAGCUCCUUCUCUACCUCGCAUUCAAAAAUCAAAUCUUUUGUUUCUUCGUCCACGUCCAUUUAUACCCCCACUGAGAAGCCCAUAUACACCGACACAGACGACAUUAAUGGUCAAAACUUAGGCUUAGGCCUAAGCUCAACUGGAAAUUCGGGUUCAGUCAUACCGAUUGUGAGAAGUAGGCGCGGAAUCAAUGCGGAGAUAUUCGUGGGUCCAGAUGAAUCGGAUGAGUCCAUCGUGAAGAGGUUUAGAAAGGCGAUGUGGAAUUCCGGAGCUUUUGGAGAAAUGCGGCGCCGAAGAUUCUACGAGAACAAGCAGGAUAUAAGGAAGAGGAAGAUCCAGGUCGCAAAGAAAACAAAAAAUGCUAGACGUAUGCUUCUGAAGUCAGUGGAGAAAGAUGAUGGAACGGAUGAGGGGCAGGAUGACAAUGAUGAGGAGGAGGAGGAGGAGGAGGGGGACAACUGGAAUAUGCUAAACGCAGAAAUUGGUUUAUAAAAAUGUCCUCAUUUACUUCAAUCUUAAUGCCUUCAUAUUGGAAAACUGCUUGAAUAAUUAAUGCCAAGAACUGUUCAUCAAUUUAUGUUUUUAGGUACAGGUAGACAAACAUCCUUGUAGAUUUUAAAGCAGACGUGUUCUGAAUGUGCGCGUGUUAUAAAUUCGUGUACAUUCAAUGUAAAUCCAAGUGAAAGGCAGAGCUGCACCCAGUUGAACUGGGCCGAUACACCAGAAACCAAUUUGUUUACAAAUAAAUCAAACUAUGAUGUAAUUUGUAUUAGAAUUAUUACAUCAGACAGUUUCUAAUUGCUUUCUUGACUUAGCUGUGUAUUUCAUGACAAGUUAUCAAUAGACAUCUGUUUUGUAGCCAAA